AUGGCCCCCUCCAAGUUGCUGCCCACCGUGCUACUCCUCACAGUGCUGUGCGCGCGCCCCCCGAGAGUCCCCCCUCCCUUUGCGGAUGCUGGGGGCACGGGUGGUCCAAACGUGGGUGGUGAGACGGGCCAGUUGGACGACUUGUCUCACUUCAGCAGGGAGCUCCUUGAGCCUCUUGCGCGUAACUUGAAGAGUGUCCCCGCCGUAGCGCUCAGGGAAAAGGUGAAGACCCAAGUGGCCAAGGCAGCGGAGAGCCUGGAGCUGCCCAACCCGGACGAAGAAGCAUGCGAAAUUAAUUACGCCGAGUUGUGCCCCGAAGGAUGGGGAGACUGGGGGAACGCAGACACCUGCAUAAGUCCUGCUAACUACCAAGGGCCGUGUAAAAACAAAAUGGCAUCGUUUCUCAAUUCAACGCCGAGAGAGAAAUUUAACUUCUCCAUCAGGUGCGGAGUCUCAUGGCCAUGCUUGCACAGAUGUACUGAAGAAGACCUGCUGGAGGAGUGCCCCGAUAGUUGGACCCUCAAAGGGAACAUCUGUCACGCCCCCAAAUCUUAUAAGGGCCAAUGUGUUAGGAAAAAAAUUUUUGCAAAUUUCUUAAGGGAAGAAAAGAAAGCAUGGGCAGAUGCAUGCGACGUAAGUUGGCCUUGCUCCAAAAAAAAUUAUAAUUUUGGAAAGCUCUGCCCGAAGAAUUGGACGCCCACUCCGGAUGGUAAUCACUGCUCUGCGAGUAGCUCCUAUGUUGGUCCGUGUGGUCCUCUUUUGUACCUUUUCAAUGUGAAGGAGGUGGAAAAGCGACUUUUAAUGAGCAAGUGUAACGUCGAAUGGCCGGUUAGAGCAAAUGAGGAGGGGGGCAGCCUGGACGACCAGGUUUGUCCCCUGGGGUGGACACUUAACCCUUCGCACCAGAGGGGAGGAGGGACUACCUGCUCUCCCCCCAAAUCGUACAAUGGGCCAUGUGAGGAAAUAAAAAAAAUGUCCUUCGAACGUAUGAGCAAAGAGGAGAAGCAUGAGCUAUCCAGGAGGUGCGGCUUCGUGUGGAACUUCACAAAUGAGAGGCAUCAGAAUUUUGGGCUGGCUUGUCCCUACAACUGGGUUCUAGUAGAUGCGGCAGACCAUGUGUGCGUUUCUCCUGUGGAAUACACCCAACCGUGCAGCAAUGUUGCCUCCUUCAAAGGUUACACGCACGAGAUGAAGGCUGCCUGGGCCUCCCGCUGUAAGGCCCCCUUCGUUGAUGAAGGAGCGUUCCGGGGGGGACUCCAAAGGGGGGGGAGCCAAACGAGAAGCCAACUGGGGAGCCGCUUAAAAAAGGGGAAAAUAUUCGGCCUUAAUAGAGAAGCGAACCGCGGCGGCCUUCUCCUUGCAGAUGCACCUUGGGAGAGGGAUGGUCCCAUAGAGUCCGCCACGUCAAGCACACACAGAAGCGAUUGCAAUGCUGCCAUUGGUGAGGAGUGCCUCCACAACCGGGAUGAACCGUUUGUGCACCCCAACGGGGGGAGACUACCUCUAAGUGAGCGAAGCAGUGAGGACCACCCCCACGAGUUUAUCCUGAGCGACCAGAAGAUUACGGAGCUUCUUCUGCUUAAGCAGGCAUCGGAGGAUCGCGAGUUGCGGAGGAACAUCGAUGAGGUAGUGCAGACGUUGAGGAGGGGGCACUCCCCCCGGGGGGCAACCACGUUUUCCUUUCUCCAGGUGAGGUCCAAGGGGGGGCAGUCCAGCGGGGCAACAAAGGGGCUGAAGGAGCUCGCCCGGGGGGCUCCAACUGUGGGGCGGGAGAAAGCGGCACAGCGAAGGAGAGGAGCAGAUGGGGAAACGCCACAUAGAAAGAGUUCCUCAGAUGGGGAACCCCCCCUCCAUGGCCAGAACGCCCCACCCACAGCAGCAGCGCCAAAUUUAAGCGAAGUGAAAAACCUGUAUGGGAGUUACCAAAUAGGGAGGGCAGACCAGUCGUACUACGAGCACAUCUGUUUAGAAAAGAACUACUCGGAGUGCCCCCUGGGAUGGACCAGGAUAAAUACCCACCAGUGUAUGGCCCCCAGUUGGUGGAGAACGAACGGGCACAAGUGUAGCUCCCUAAUAGACCUGAAGGACUUCACCAGAAGGGUGUACGACGUAGCUCAUGACAUGUCCUUCGUUUCAAUCGAUGAGGAGAGGAUAAAGAAGCUCGAGAGAAAAUGCGCUUUGACAUUUCCCUGUAGGGACUGCGAACGGGACUACGUGCAGGUCUCUUGUCCCCUCGGGUGGAAUCAAACGGAUGAUGGAUGGUGUGAAGCACCAGCUGAUUACCCACCACAUUUGAGGGCGGCCUGUGGAGGUAGGGUCAAUUUUAAGUAUGCCACACCGCUGGUUAGACGUAACUGGAGCCUUGUGUGCCGAUCCGACUGGCCGUGCUUUUCCCCCUGCGAGAAGAACUACGCCGCGGUGUGCCCCCUUGGGUACGGGCUGAUAAACGAGCGCCUGGACGCGGCUGGCGGGGGCACCAUUCACGUCUGCGUGAAUCGGAGCUGGGGGGGGGAAGUCAACCGGGGAGAAGUUAACCGGGGGGAAGUCGGCCGGGGGGAAGUCGGCCGGGGAGAAGUCAACCGGGGAGAAGUCAACCGGGGAGAAGUUAACCGGGGGGAAGUUAACCGGGGAGAAGUUAACCGGGGGGAAGUUAACCGGGGGGAAGUUAACCGGGGAGAAGUUAACCGGGGGGAAGUUAACCGGGGGGAAGUUAACCGGGGGGAAGUUAACCGGGGGGAAGUUAACCGGGGAGAAGUUAACCGGGGGGAAGUUAACCGGGGAGAAUUUAACCGCUCACCGGGAGAACCGCCGAAUGACUGCCUCGUCAUCGAAGUGUCCAACAGCGUGCAGAUAAAAAAGCAAAUCGAACGGACGUGCAGAGUCAUUUGGCCAUGCCUGCGAAAGUGCGUCCAAGAUUACCACCAGACUUGUCCCUACAACUGGCUGCUCAAGCAGAACAAGUGCAUCGCCCCAUAUCAUUACAGCCCCCCACAGGGGUGUGCCAAGUCGUUUGCAGUCAGAUCGUUUGGCUCCUUCGAUAAGUACCUCUUCUCAAACAGAUGUUUUGCUCCUUGGCCGUGUACCGAUGCGUGCCAGCAGGACUGGUCCCAGCCCUGCCCCGCUCACUGGUCUUUGGUGAAAAGCAGGAAGGGUAAAAGUGCCGCGGAUAAACAGGCAGCCUCGAAACCUCUUGUUUGCCAACCGCUAAAACGCAACAUCCAUAGGGGGGUGUGCACAGAUGAAAGCUACGACUUGACGGAUUUCACCUUUUUGCAAAAGCAAGAGUUCUCCCACCGCUGCGGUGUUCGGUGGCCAUGCGGUAGUAGCUCUCGGCUGUAUUCCCCCAACUGGCAAUCGCAGAGGGUGUACGACGACGUGGGGUUCCAGCGCCUAAGGACGCUGCGUUUUUAUGACGCCCACUACGCCUCCAGCUACGCCAAGUCGGGCACUUCCUUCUUCUAA